AAACAAAAAAAAAAAAGAUUUGAGUUAUGUCUUACCUUUACUUUAUGGAGAGGAGAAUUAUACUGGUUUUCCUUGGGUAUUUUACUUUUCUUACUUCAUUAUCGGAAGCUUCCAUAUACCUGACAGUUUCUCCCUCUGGUCCGGUGGAGGUGAAUCAGAACGUGACAAUUCAAUGCAACUUUGACAACAAUCCACUAGAAGCAGCUUUUUACUCUACUGCAAGCAAUAACACUUUCUGCAAUCUAACAUCAAAUUCAUCAGGAUCAAACUGUAAAGCCAGUUUUUGUUCUCUAAAUUACUAUACAACAUGUCCGAAUGAUACAACAUAUCGUGUGGUUUAUCCUGUUCCCAGGAGAUGGAAUGGAGAAGGAGUUUAUUGCAAGAGAUUAUUCUCAGAUGAGAGAAGUAAUCAAGUCAAUUUCAAUGUUACAGUUUCAGUAACAUCAGUGACCCUGACCCCAACUAACAUUACUGUGGAUGCUGGUAAACAGAUAAAUCUAAUCUGUCAGACAGACUAUUGUAACCCAGCAGCCAGUAUCACGUGGUACAAGGCAUCAUAUAGUGUAGCCACGCCCACCACAGUCACAACAGACACCAACAGCAAUGGCCUCUAUAGAACGACAUCAGUACUACAGUAUACAGGUGUGCCAGAGGACAAUGGUCGGCAGGUGUACUGCAAUGCCAGCAACAGACCAUCAUGGCAAAAUGUAGGGUCCAACAAAUACACACUGGAUAUAAGAUAUCCCCCGUCCUCUGACCCUGUCUUCACAGCCUCCCCUCCAGGACUUCAGUACAACACCGGGACUACAGUCAACUUGACCUGUCAACUACCAGGAGGAAACCCUUUAGCCACGUUGUCAUGGAGAUGUAAAAACACAGCAAUGACAGGAACCAAUCAGAGUACCUUUACCACAGCUGUUUCUGUGUUGCCAUUGGUGAUGGAUAGCUCCUACAACAAUCAGCAGUGUACUUGUACAGCUAAUCACAGACUCCUUACCAGCCCUAAAUCAACGAGUGUGUCACUGACUGUAUUUUAUCCUCCAUCCACUGAACCUGUCAUCACAGCCUCCCCUCCAGGACUUCAGUACAACACCGGGACUGCAGUCAACUUGACCUGUCAACUGUCAGGAGGAAACCCUGUAGCCACGUUGUCAUGGAGAUGUAAAAACACAAUAAUGACGGGAACCAAUCAGAGUACCUCUACCACAGCUGUCUCUUUGUUGUCAUUGGUGAUGGAUAGCUCCUACAACAAUCAGCAGUGUACUUGUACAGCCAAUCACAGGCUUCUCAACAGCCCUAAUUCAAGGAGUGUACCACUGACUGUAUUUUAUCCUCCAUCCACUGACCCUGUCAUCAAAGCCUCCCCUCCAGGACUUCAGUACAACACCGGGACUGCAGUCAACUUGACCUGUCAAAUACUAGGAGGAAACCCUGUAGCCACGUUGUCAUGGAGAUGUAAGAACACAGUAAUGACAGGAACCAAUCAGAGUAAUUCUACUACAGCUGUGUCUGUAUUGUCAUUGGUGAUGAACAAAUCCUACAACAAUCAGCAGUGUACUUGUAUAGCUAGCCACAGCUUCCUUACCAGCCCUAAAUCAAGGAGUGUGCCACUGACUGUUUUUUAUCCCCCAUCUACUGACCCUGUGAUCACAGCCUCCCCUCCAGGACUUCAGUACAACACUGGGGCUAGAGUGACAUUGACCUGUCAACUACCAGGAGGAAACCCUCCAGCAACGUUGUCAUGGAGAUGUAAAAACUUAGUUUUGAUGGGAACCAACCAUAGUACCUCUACCACAGCUGUCUCUGUGUUGUCAUUAGUGAUGGACAGAUCCUACAACAAUCAACCGUGUAGUUGUACAGUUAAUCACAGUCUUUUUACCAACCCUAAAUCAACGAAUUUGUUACUGACUGUGUUUUAUCCACCCUCCACUAGUCCUGUUAUCACAGCCUCCCCUCAAGGGCUUCAAUACGUCACAAGUACUAGAGUGACCUUGAUCUGUCAACUUCCGGGAGGAAACCCCGUAGCUACUUUGUCAUGGAGAUGUAAAAUCACAGGAAUGAUAGGAACCAAUCAGAGUACCCCUACCACAGCUGUCUCUGUAUUGUCAUUGCUGAUGGAUAGUUCCUACAACAACCAGCAGUGUACGUGUACGGCUAACCACGGUCUACUUACUAUCCCUAAAUCAACCACUGUGUCACUGACCGUAUUUUAUAACAAUGUUAUAAUAUCAAACUGGAAUCAAACAUAUUCCGUCAAAGAGCAUGAAAGUUUUCAACUAGUUUUUGAAGUGGAUGGAAAUCCGUCAUCUAACAUCACAUGGGUGUUUGUUAGAAAUAACAGCGUUAUAGAAAAAGAUUAUUAUGUGAAGAAAAGCUCAUUGGAAAUAUCUUCAGUUAACUGCUUAGAUUAUGGAACCUACAGAAUAUUAGCAGACAACGGAAAAGGUCCAAUUGCUAAUAAAACUGCAAAUUUAUUAGUGAAUUGUAAACCUCGGCUAUUCUCAACGGAUUCCCUGACUCCAGCUAAAAUAGGUAUUGGAAAAAAUGAAUCUCUUCAGAUAUUUGUGAGAAUUUUAUUGUUUCCACCAGCCAUACAGACAACAUGGUAUUUCUCAAGAAAAGCAAAUGACGAAAAAGUCAUAACGGAUUCUAAAGAUGGAUACAGAAUAUUUCACAUGAAUGGAGAUGUUGAACAAAACAUUACUCUCUACAAAGAAAGUGUGACUACUGAGGACUUUGGUAAUUAUACUCUUCGAGUUGAAAAUGAAAUUGGUGCCUUUAGCAGGAUCUACAAUGUGAAUUCAACAAGACCACCCUUAUUGCCCACAAACUUUACAGUACUUUGUGAAAAUUCCUUGUCAAUAAAGAUAUCUUGGAUUUCUAACUUUAAUGGUGGAGAUGAACAAAGCUUUCAAAUUUCAUACUCAACUGAUGAAUUUUUGACAAAGCCGUUUAAAGUUCUUAAACCGGGUAUUGGAGAUAAAGGAUACAACAAGACCCACAGCUACAUUCCUAUUGUUGAGCUACAAGGCCCUCUAUGGUUUGCAAUAACUGCCUCCAACAAGUUUGGAAAUGUUACAUCAGAUGUUAUGUACUGUACUGCUGUUAAAAGUCAAGUUCCAGAUUCAAAUAUACCUGUAGGGGGCAUUAUCGGUGGCACGAUGGGUGGAGUUAUUUCUGUUGUGCUCGUUGUAUGUGUUAUAUUUUUUAACAGAAAAUAUCAGAUUAAAUGUGUUGUGGAGGAAAAACGAUUGAAUCAAAAAAUGUCUCAGAAAGCCUAG